CACUGAACCUGAUUCGUCGAGUAAACGCGGGUGAGCGUCACACAGCCGAACUUUCGGUUUCAUUAUCGAAUAAAUGAUACUCUUUUAGCGCAGAGUCGCUUUAACCUGCUUCAAACAUGUGGAGUAACUCCAGUAAAGGAAAGGAGCUGAGGGAGAGAAUAAAGCGGCUGUCUGGAUCAGUGGAGCCCGUACUGCGUGGUGCAGGUGUUGAUGACAAAGAGCUGCUCACUUUGACGAGGGAGGAUUUAAAUGAACUUUUUCCUGGAAUACAGAAUUUCCAGCUUCGGAGAAGGAUAAUGCAGGUGAUCAGCGAGGCGGCGCAGGAGCCACAGCAGCCAAAUGUGAGCACACUGGUUGGUGCACUGAAAGAUUUGAUUGAAAGGAAAGACAGAAGUAGACCUGCUGUGGACGGCGUGCUGAGAGAGUAUCUUUGUGCACUCAGGGACUUGGAAAAGCAUCUCACAGCUGCACUGGACUUCCUAAAACCCCACAUUGAACUACUGGAGAAUCUCAGCCACAUUCCUGCACAAAGAGAAGCCACUGGAUCUGCAAAGACUUUGAGUCUUAGACACUCUGGGAGUGAAAACCUGACGCGUUCAACCUCCUACAGUGCACUUCCACAGCCUGUGAAAAUCCACUCACUUGUGUGUGGGAACACUCUGGAUGCUCACAGAUCGAUUCUCAGACUCGUGCAGCCAGUGAAAGACAGCAGCCUGGAAGACUGUAGCGUCAUCCUGGUCUUCUGUCCAAUAGUAACACGAGCCGGGACGGACAUCGAAGCCGCGAUUCAGAAGAUCCCAGGUCCCAAAGCAACCAUACUGGUAGUGAUGCACCACACACAAGACCAGGACCACACUGGGGUCAAUCCCAGGACUUUCUUGCCUAAACCAAACCUGGUGGAGUGUGUGAAUGUGCUGUUCCACGAGUCGGUGCCAGGUCUUCUGCUCUCGUGUAAUGCAAAUAGGCAAGCGAUAGCCCAAAUACAGGCUGCUUUGCAACAAUACAAGUGAUCUGCGAAUGGCAAUGAGAGCUGGAGGAAAUGAUGGAGCCUCUAUUACAGUAACAUUGAGAUUGAGAAGCUGUGCAACACAAACUGAUUAUGGUGUUUUCAGUAAAACAGAAAAUGCUUGUAACAUCUAGCUUGAAAUAUCGCUCACCCACACUGGCCCUUAUUCAUCAUAGCGGUGAAACUGACGCCAAUGAAAAGAGUGAUGGUUCGGGCCCUAAUGAUGAAUGAGCUUCAGCAGAUCUGGACACAUGAACAUACCAUCAUCUCUGGCUUCACUGCAUGGAAACAAGUGCUGCACCAGUACCUUAUUUACAUAUCAUUUGCAACAGACACGCCUCAAUUUGCCCUCAUAUACAUAUUAGUUGCACAAAGCCCGCUGGUGGUCAAGCUGGAUGUGCAUUGGCCCCUCCCUCUAGUAUCUAGUGUUAAAAUAACAUUUAAAAAGAAUGAAAUGCAAAAUGAACAAAAUAUUACAAUAAUAUAUUUUUUAGAUGGUAUUGUGGCUGUUUUCAUAAACAUGGUGUGAGUGAUAAUAGUGCAGUUUAUGAGCUUCUGUACUAUGUAAGCUGCAUUUGGUAUUUAGGGAGGUAGUUUAUUAUAUCAGUAAUAUAAAGUAAAAGUCUUUAAAUGGAACUUAGUCGCAGUUCAUUGUUUAUAUCAGCAUGUAUGUUAGAAAAGUACAUUGACUUUAGUUUUUAGCACUUUGUUUACUUUAGACUUUGUUUUUAGCAUUAUCAGUUAUUCUGUUUUAACAUCUUUGAUAUUAUUGACAAUAAUUUUGAUUAUUUUAAGGAGAUCAGGUGUUUUUUCAGGCCGUUUAAAUUACGCACAAAUAAAUACUCAUUUCUACCAGACAUGCGUUUGAUCAGCAAAGAUGAAGGUGAUGAACGAAGCCUCUGAAUAAGGGCCUCUGUGUGAUGUGAUGUUAGCUGUGCAUUUCUUCCUGUGGGAUAGAGGAUCGCUUGAGUACUUUUGAGUAUGACUCAAACUACUUUUAGACGUUUAUCUUAAGUGACAUUGCGCUACUUUUAAUUGAAAAGAUCAAUAACUGUUAAGAGAAGAAAUAUCGGCACGGUGUCGGAAAGGAAAGGGUGCCAUUUCUGAUGUAUGGCUCACUACAGCAUGAAGGUUAUGCAGGAAAUGCUGCCUGUUGUCGAUUUUUAAUCGACAAAAAGAUGACUUGAGCAAGAAAAAGUGCGAAAAUGUACCAGUUUCAUUAUUUUAUUCACAUUUAUUUUGUGAAUAUUGAUUUAUGCCAAAACAGCAGCAUGAUCGUUUCAGCAUUUUGUGUUUUAUGAGAUUUAUGAGAAAAGCUGAGCAUACAGGGCUGGCGUUUCUAAUAAAGUGGCCAGUGUGCAUGAUGACUGCAGUGGUGAUGAUGAUGAUGUAAGACUAAUGAUAAAACUUGUCUGCUGGUUAAUGAUUACAAACUAGUGAGAUUGAACCCUUGAUCACGUUUCUGCAGUGAAAUUAUGCACCAAGUGCAAUUAGUGUUAUUAGUGACUGAAAACCCUGUAAUAAUCAAGUUUAAUCACCACCUCUGCAGCUGCCACUGCUGAAGUUUGGUGUGUCUGUUUGUGUAGCUGCAUAACAAUAAAGCAAUAAAAUAAAACACACUGUCCACAAUCGUUAA